UUAUAGCAACGAGAGGGGUCAAGUGACACAACCAGCUGACUCCCGUAGCGGAAGUCACUGUGGGGGCCAGUUCUGGAGCUGUUGUAGCUUCGGUUGCCCGGCCGGGGACCCGAGCCGAACAGUUAUCUUCAGAAUGUCGGGCAAAGACCGAAUUGAAAUCUUUCCCUCGCGAAUGGCACAGACCAUCAUGAAGGCUUGUUUAAAGGGAGCACAGACAGGUCGAAACCUCCUGAAGAAAAAAUCUGACGCCUUAACUCUUCGAUUUCGACAGAUCCUAAAGAAGAUAAUAGAGACUAAAAUGUUGAUGGGUGAAGUGAUGAGAGAAGCUGCCAUUUCACUAGCUGAAGCCAAGUUCACAGCAGGUGACUUCAGCACUACGGUUAUCCAAAAUGUAAAUAAAGCCCAAGUGAAGAUUCGAGAGAAGAAAGAUAAUGUAGCAGGUGUUACUUUGCCAGUAUUUGAACAUUACCAUGAAGGAACUGACAGUUAUGAACUGACUGGUUUAGCCAGAGGUGGGGAACAGUUGGCUAAAUUAAAGAGGAAUUAUGCCAAAGCAGUGGAACUACUGGUGGAACUAGCUUCGCUGCAGACUUCUUUUGUUACUUUGGAUGAAGCUAUUAAGAUAACCAACAGGCAUGUAAAUGCCAUUGAACAUGUCAUCAUUCCCCGGAUUGAACGUACUCUUGCUUAUAUCAUCACAGAGCUGGAUGAGAGAGAGCGAGAAGAGUGCUAUAGGUUAAAGAAAAUACAGGAGAAGAAAAAGAUUCUAAAGGAAAAAUCUGAGAAGGACUUGGAACAAAGGAGAGCAGCUGGAGAGGUGUUGGAGCCUGCUAAUCUUCCAGCUGAAGAGAAGCAUGAAGAUCUUCUGUUUGAAUAAUCUUUCCUGUUCUGGUUCUCUUAGAAACCCUAACACUGGCUUCAUUUUAAUUCAUAGUGUGUAGGUCUGAUUUGUCUGGCUAUUUGUUUUUUGGCCUAAGAAUUUCACUGGUUGUAAAAUUUACCUGGAUGUCUGUUUAUGGGAUUACUUUUGCAGAAUCAUAAUUUAGCAACCAUUUAUCAUGGAUGAAAGAGAUCUGUAAAACCUGCCCAGGAACUUAAAGAAUUUACUCUGAA